AUGGACAAAUCUGAAAAAAUAGCAUACAUUUCAGUUUUGUCUCUUCUCUCUUUUGCUCUUCUUCUUCUCAUCAUCUUCCUCUUCUCACUAUGCAGAAAAAAACCAAACCGGUCCGACGACGAGUCUCUUCUCCCCGAAACCAAACCGGCAGGUCUUUCUUAUCCCUUAACCGAAUUAGAUUCAGCAACCGACGGAUUCAACCCGCGACGAAUCAUCGGUUCUGGUCGGUUAGGAACGGUUUACGCUGCGAUUCUUCCGGGUUAUAAAAACCUCGUCGCAGUUAAACGAAUACAUCCCGGUUUGGUUUUAAGUAAACCGGGUUUCGGUUUCUCCACGGUUUUGAAAACGCUUUCUUCUUCGCACCAUCAAAACGUCGUCUCGAUUCUAGGGUUCUCAGAAGCUCCCGGAGAAAGAAUCGUCGUUAGUGAAUUCGUCGGAGAAGGUAAAAGCUUGAGCGAUCAUUUAAACGGAGAUGGAUCAGCGGUUGAGCUUGGUUGGAAAACGCGUUUUAAAAUCGCGGCGGGAGCGGCGAGAGGUUUGGAGUAUUUGCACGAAAUCGCAAACCCUAGAAUCGUCCACGGUCGAUUCACGUCGUCGAAUAUACUGAUCGAUGUGAAAUCAACGGCUAAGAUUUGCGAUUACGGAUUUGGGUUUUUGAUUCCGGUUGAAAAAUCUGGGAUUUUGGGGUAUGUUGAAGAAGGGUAUUGCAAAGAGAGUGACGUGUAUGGAUACGGCGUCGUUUUAAUGGAGAUUCUGAGUGGGAGAAGAAGUGAGAAUGGGUUGCUUGUGAAAUGGGCAACACCGUUGAUUAAAGAACAGAGAUUUGGUGAGCUAUUAGAUCCGAGGAUCGUUGUUCAAAGUGAGGUUAAGGGUUUGGUAAUAAGACUGGCCAAAGUCGCUUUGGCUUGUGUCGGGAAUUCACGGAGGAGUCGGCCGUCGAUUUCUGAAGUGGCGGCGAUUUUGAAUAGUUUGGAGAGAGAAGGAGGUUGAUUUUGAUAAUUCGAUAAGUUUUGGGGUUUUAGAGAUAAAUUUGGAAAUUAGAGGAGUAUAAUUGUUAUUAGUUGAAUCAUUAACGUAAAUGAUGUUUUUUAAUUGCCGUGUACAUAAUAAUGUUAAAAGUGUUUUAGAAUUCGGUUUCUUAUGAAAUAAUCAAUUAAUGUCUUUGAUGAAGCUGUUGGGUAGAUUUUUGAA